AUGUCUAGCAACACGGAACAGCAGGGUUUCUUCGGUGUGAACCACGAAACCUCGGGUAGCGGUGACGUUACUCCCGGUGGCCAGGUCCACCAGAUUGCCCAGACCCCCGUCCUGGAGUCGGGCAACCCCUUCGACAAGGCUUCGAUCCCCGCCGAGGCUCGUCAGCAGCAGAUCGUCGGUGUCCCCGGUGAGAAGCUCCCUGAGGACAAGAGCAAGGUUCUGCUUGCUCUCGAUGGUACCGAGGCUGGUGACAAGGCCUUUGCCUACCUGCUCGAGAACAAGACCAUCGCGCCUGGUAGCCACAUCUUCUUGACCACCGUCCUGCCGGCCAACGUGCUGGGUGGCCCUUGGGUGUCGGGUCCCCUCUCGAUCGACACCAAGAAACAGAACGAGCUUCUCCGCCAGCUGCGUCAGCAGGCUGUUGAGCGCAUGGCCCCUUACAAGGCCAAGCUCAAGGAGAAGGGCUACAACGUUACCAUGCACGUUCUGCACGGCGACGCCCGCGCCUCGCUGCUCAAGGUCAUCAGCUACCACAAGGUCGACCUUGUCCUUAUUGGCAAGCGCAACCGCGGCUGGAAGAAGGGUCUUACCAGCGGUACCGUCUCGUCGUACCUGGUCAGCCACUCGCCCGUCCCCGUUCUUGUCAUCAAGUAA